AUGGUGGCACCAGCAAAUGCAUUUUCUGGAGAAGCAGGACGCUAUCCAUGGUACCGUGUGGCAUUUGCCGGCGGAGUUGAUCUUCGCCACGGACCCAGUGUGGAGGCACCGCGCACAGGAGAGACGCUAUGCCAAAAUGCCACCCUGGCAGUGGCAGAGGAGAUUCUUGGUGCUGAUGGGCGCGUCUACCUACGCCUUGCGGAUGGCAGGGGCUGGGCAUUCGAUGACUCAGCUCUGUUUCCACAUGAUCCAUCCGUCGUGCGUGGCUACUGGCAGCCUGUGUCUGUGGUACCACCUGGAGCCAAUGCUGCAGCUGUGGCAGCAGCAGUCGCCAAUGGUACGGCAGGUGGUGGUGCUAUGACGGAUGUGGCAGGCAGCAUGGGAAGCAUGGGAAGCAUGAAGCCCACCAUGGACUACGGCAAUCAAAAUUCGCAAGGUCGAGGAGUGAACCCGUGGAUCCUGAAUUAGUCUGCACGGCACUGCCCAAAGCGCUGCACAGAGCAUGUCAUUUUGGCACCAUGGACUUCAUUUGGUGCAGCCGUUCCCAUAGCGCAAAGCCCAAGCCAGUGCGACACUUCCCAACUUAGGACGUUUGGCUCGGCUUGACAGAGAUUGAUUGGGCAGGUGAUUAAAA